UUUUAAGUUUUGUGCAUUGAUAUGAGAAUCGGAAAGAAAUCAAAAUAUUCCAGAAAUUGCGAUUAUCUGCCCUUCACAAAACAAUUUCAAGGAACUAACAAUGGCGUAUCUAUAUGAACCAGGAUACAGAGCAGCCUCAAACAGGAGAACUCUUUCAGCUCAGUACUAUCUAAUUCGUUGACAACGAGAGGUAAGAAUUCAGUCAAGAUUUUACCAAACAUCAGGAUAAAUGCUUCUCUUCGAAAGAUAAAGGGGAAGAAGUCACAGACACCACCCCACCAAGCGGUAAAUCUCUGUAGAGGAUGUGGAGAAUUACCUCAGCCAAGAUUUCGGUUGCGAACGACCACCAAACAAUGGAUCUUAUGCUGAAUUCUCCUACUUUUGUUCUGAUGGAUUCCAUGCUGCUGAUAUCUUCCCUUCUGAAUCUCAAAGUGCUAUUCUCGUAAAGAAUACUACUUGAAAUGACAAUGUGGAGUUUGGAAAUAAAAAGUCUCGCCAAUCGUAAUAAUUGAUGUUCGUUCAACUUUUAAA